ACCUCUGUGCAGUCAGAGUUUGCAGCCUUUGCAGUUUCUGCACAAAGGCAUCACUCGCAGAUCACAACCCACUUAAUACUUUGCAUUAGGGCCAAUCAAAGCUGCACAGAGCACCGUGCAAGCUUUCAUGUUCUACAGAAUUCUUCAGGCUGGAACUUCCUUCCCCUAUAGGAAAAAGAAAGACGCCUCAGGGAAUGAUGCAAAACCUUGGUGCAGUCUGCUGUGUGUGAGACGCAGAGGCAGGGGUAUGUAUGGAGGAUACUCCGGCCAGAAGGUGCCACAAGGAAGAGAGAAGAAAAAAAAAAUAACAAGCACAAUUUGGGGGAUUUUUUCAUGACAGGGCGGGGGAUGACACAGAGAGACAAAAAAAAAAAAGGCCAAGCUGCAAACUCUGCCGGAUUUAACACGCCUAAUAAAACGCUGGUCCGUCUGGCCUCUGAGCCUCCUUUCGACGAGGGGCUACGUCUAACAGGUACUCCGCCUGCAUCCCGACGACUUGCGAGUCUUUCCCCGAAACACCCCGACGGUUACCGGACGUGUCCGAACUCGAAGACGGAAAUACCCGAGGGUGUCCGAAACAAGCCGAACAUUGAUCGGGAGGCUACGGAAGUAGACGAAGAUCGUGCUAGACCAGAUCUCGGCUGAGGAGCCAUCAUGGCGGAUCUGAUCGCGAAUCUCCAGGCAGACGGCAUCCAAAAGCGGGUUGUGCAGGAAGGCCGAGGAGAGCUUCCUGAUUACCAAGAUGGUACCAAGGCCACCUUCCAUUACCGCACAAUGCUCUGUAGCCCGGCCCAACGGGUCUUAGAUGACAGUCGAACACAGGGCAAACCCAUGGAGCUUAUCAUUGGCAAGAAGUUCAAGCUGCCUGUCUGGGAGACCAUCUUGUGCACCAUGCGGGAAGCAGAGCUAGCGGAGUUUUUAUGUGACACAAAGCAUGUAGUGUUGUAUCCAACGGUGUCAAAGAGCUUGAGAAACAUUGCAGCAGGGAAAGACCCAUUGGAGGGACAGCGACACUGCUGUGGCAUUGCUCAGAUGCAUGAACACCACUCACUGGGUUACCCGGAUCUCGAUGAGCUCCAGCAGAAUCCUCAGCCUCUCAUCUUUGCCAUCGAGAUGCUCAAGGUGGAGGGCCCAGGCUCAUAUCGUCAGGAUCCGUGGGCCAUGUCUGAUGAGGAGAAGAUGAAGGCUGUGCCCCUGAUCCAUCAGGAGGGCAAUGAGCUCUACAAGCAAGGCAAGGUGCAGGAAGCUGCUGCCAAGUACUACGAUGCCAUUGCUUGCCUCAAAAACCUGCAGAUGAAGGAGCAGCCGGGCUCCCCAGACUGGAUCCAACUGGACCUACAGAUCACCCCUUUACUGCUAAAUUACUGCCAGUGUAAGCUGCUGACUGAGGAGUAUUAUGAGGUGCUGGACCACUGCUCUUCCAUUCUCAACAAAUAUGAAGAUAAUGUCAAGGCCUACUUCAAGCGAGGCAAGGCACAUGCAGCAGUUUGGAAUGCGACUGAAGCUCAGGCUGACUUUGCCAAAGUGUUGCAGCUAGAUCCAUCGCUGGGGCCUGUGGUUGCGCGGGAGCUGCGCAGCCUGGAAACCCGCUUGCGUCAGAAGGAUGAUGAGGACAAAGUCCGUUUCAAAGGCAUCUUCUCCUCGUAGCUGCACUGCUGUUCUGUGUCCUCAGUAGGGACAGCUCAGGCUUUGCCAUCAGCACCCAAGUGCAAGACAGCAUAAACGGACUGUGUGGUUCUUUGACAGGGUCAGCAGUUACCUGCUAUCUAUACAGAUGCUGGAGGAGCUGGCCUUUCUUGUCAACAAAUUGUGUCAUCCUUGUGCAAAUGGUCCUGUUUGCUGCUGCCAAAGUGUAUGGGAGUAGGGGCAGGGGAAGCCGUUUUGGUCACCCACGCCAAAGCAGGCAGACAGCUUAAUGUGAGUGGGUCUGCUACAUCUGAUGCAUGCCUCUGUAUUACCCCCAAGAGCGGUUGUUCGCCUGAUGCACCACACUUGGUGCCUUCUCUUCUGUUACUCAUGGAGAGGGAAGCUUUGCUUCCUCAGAUGGUGCAAUAUGUAAGGGCCAGAAGAGACUUGUUAUGGAUUCCCCUUUUCUGCUAAGGCUUCCCAUUCUGCUGUUUGGGAGCAUGAAAACUCUAGCUCACGGGUCCCCAAACUACGGCCCGGGGACCAAAUCAGGCCCCCGGAAGACAUUUAUCCGGCCCGCUGGGCAGAAGUGGAUCUCCCCCUUCUCUAUCUCCUUUUCCCCAGGUUUACAAACAGCAUUAAGC